CCUUGUCUAAAUGGAGGAAGUUGUCAACCAAAAUCUGAAAGUUUUGAUGAUUAUUAUUCGUGUAAAUGUACAGAUGGUUGGGUUGGUUCAAGAUGUCAGGACGACUAUGAUGAAUGUACAAGUUCUCCAUGUAGCUGGCCGUAUGUUUGUUAUAACUAUGAGAAUCGCUAUGAAUGUGCCUGUUCUCAAGAUGAACCUGACUGUGAUGGACUGGUUGCCUCUGAUGCCGCAUAUACUUGUGAGAAUUAUCGUCGAGCUGAAAGUUUUGAUGAUUAUUAUUCGUGUAAAUGUACAGAUGGUUGGGUUGGUUCAAGAUGUCAGGACGACUAUGAUGAAUGUACAAGUUCUCCAUGUAGCUGGCCGUAUGUUUGUUAUAACUAUGAGAAUCGCUAUGAAUGUGCCUGUUCU